GCCAGCUUCAGGUUUCACAAAAGAGGAGGUGGUGUCAGAAACAAACAAACCGUGGAGAUCCAGAAGCAGCGAGCUGUCUCUUACAACUCUGYACCAUGAGGUGGUCUUCUCUUGUCCUGCUCUCCUUCCUCUCUGGUGUGACGAUUGUUCGGGGGGGUUCKGACUUUAGAGUCUGUGCCUUCAACCUCCAUCACUUUGGGGAUUCCAAGUCCAAGAAGAGCACUGUCAUGCACACUCUUACCAGGAUCAUCGCUCGCUGUGAUGUGUGUCUGCUUCAGGAAGUGAGAGACAGCAAAGAGACAGCUUUACCAAAGCUGCUUACACGCCUCAACAGCUAUGAUACUGAACAUAAGUACGAUGCUGCAGCCAGUGAGAGGCUGGGCAGAUCUGACUCAUACCAGGAGCAGUACGUGUUCGUUUACAGGACUGAUACAGUGAGUCUCACUGGCCAGUAUCAGUAUCCCGAUGAUCGACCAGGAGAUGUUGAUGCUUUUUCCAGAGAACCUUUUGUUGUCCGUUUCAAAGCCCCCAAGACAGCUAUAAAGGAGUUUGUCCUCAUACCUCAGCACACCACUCCAGUCAACACCACUAAGGAGCUUGAUGCACUGUAUGAUGUUUUACAACAUGUGAAAAAGAUGUGGAAAACUGAGAAUGUGAUGCUUCUUGGUGACUUCAAUGCUGACUGUGGCUACCUUGCUAAGAAGAACAGGAAGAAUGUGCGUCUGAUUACAGACACGGAUCUUGUUUGGCUCAUCAAAGAUAAAAUUGACACCACCGUGCGAUCGACCACCUCCUGCACCUACGACAGGUGA